AUGGUCCAGGACGCCGAAUGGGCCGCCGAGCCCUGCAGCGAGCGGUGGUCGCCGAACCGGCGGCCCUGCCCCUUCUACCAGUGCGGCCGCGACUGCGAGCGGACCUGGGCUUCCGAGGCCGGCGACCUCUACGUCGUGUGCCGCGCGGCCAUGCUCGCGUAUUUGACGGGCGUCGUGCUCUACCUCACCUAUCUCCUCCACGGGAGCCGGCGGGAGCGGCGCCGCGAGGGCCGGCGCAAGGAAUCGUGGAACGCGCUCGAACACCUGACCGCGUGCUUCCUGAUGGCGACGGUCGUCCAACUGGUCGCGUGGUACGACGUCGACGGCUUCGGUGGCCACACAAAAGGCGUGCUCAACGACUUCCUGCCGAACGUCAUACGACUCUUCUUCGAGCUGGGCCUCUUCCGCGCGUGCGAGACCUAUCGAGUCGCCCUCGACGGCAUGCUCCACCGGCAGAAGGCCGGCGGCGACACCUGGCGGUCGUCGGUCUACAAGCGCCUGUCGACGAACGCGUCCCAGAUGCUCAAGGGCUUCGGCCGCGGCGCGUCGCGCGACACCGACGCGAUGCUCCGGCGCGAGCCGGCGACGACGUUUCGCGUCGUCGUCGCGUCGCUCGCGGCGGCGGCCUGGGGCCUCGGCUUCGCCGUCUACAACCAGCGGAACCCGAAUCUGAGGGACGCGCGCGGCGCCUGCUGGGGCCUCGCGAAGAACACGGCGUACCACGUCGGGUCCUGCGUGUUGGAAGUAUCGUUCCUCGGGGAGACGCUCGCGUACUCGUACCGCGUGCGCGCGCGGCUCCGCGGCGCCGUGGACCUGAGCGGCGGCCCGUCGGCGCGGACGACGUCGGCCAUCGCGCUCAUCGGCUACCGCAUCUGCUUCAUGCAGUUCGCGCUCGCGUCGAACGUGGCGUGGGGCGCGAACGUCGUCCACCGAAACCUGAUCGACGGGAAGGUGCGGUCCGCGUUGUGCUUCCAGCCGCCCUGCACGACGGCGGCGGCGCUCCAGUGGCUGAGCGGCUACUUCGUCUUCGGCGCGCUGUCGGGCCUCGCGUGCCUCGCGCUGCGGCGGCCGCCGGAGAUCGCGCGGCACAUCGCCCGGGGCCUGAAGGAGAUCCCGAGCCUCGUCCACGACAUCUCGGACAAGGCCUGCGCGCGCGGCGUCGACGACGACUCGCAGGACUACAUCCGCGAGAAGGCGUCGUCGGCGUCCUCCGGGGGGCCGCGAAGCCCGCCGCGCCUCAUGGCGGAGCCCAUCCCCGAGGAGGGCGACGACGGCGACGGCGACGGCGAGCUCGACGACGACGGCGACGGCGACGUCGAGCUCGCGGACCUCCCCACGGACGGCGGCGUCGCGGGCGCGUAG